GUCGUCUUCAGCGUAAAGCAGGCAGCCGAGCUUCAAGUGAGUAACCCUUCUCCUUCCUCUCCUUCAACGCCAUUAAAACUUGCUUUACCGAUUCAUUUCAAUCAAUACAAGUAUUCGCACUCUCAAGCCAGCUUUUAAUUUCAUAUUUUGCCUAAUGAGGAGGCUUUUCCCAUAUUUAUUUUCUGCAAAGAAGAUCCAGUUUUUAUCCUCCUCAAGCUACGCAAACGUUAGAGCACUUAUUGAGAAUCCAAUAUUUAAUGCUUCAUCUUGUAGCGAAAGACCAUUAGUAACAAACCCAGGCUUAUAUUUUCUCAAAUUGCCCCCCUUUGAUCCGCGUUUAUUUUGUUCACAAAUUCUGCCUAGUUCAUUAGGUCAAACUUCUGAUUGUGAAUGUGAAGAAAGCGAAGUUAAAAACAAGGGUUUGGUGAGUGAUGUUUCUAAGUUGUAUGAAAUUAUUGUGGAAAAUUGUAAUGGGUACGAUAAAAUGGAGAAAGCACUGGAUAGUGUUGGAGUUGAGUUGAGCACUGAUUCUGUUGUUGAGGUUCUUCAAAGGUUUCAUCUUGAGGAGAAAAUAGCAUUUAGAUUCUUUAUGUGGGCUGGUCAGCAGGAGAAUUAUGCUCAUGAGGCGAAAGCAUAUAAUCUUAUGAUGGAUAUACUGUCUAGUACUAAGUAUAAGGUGAAACAGUUUCGGAUAAUUUGUGAUAUGUUAGAAUACAUGAAGAGGAAUGAGAAGAAUGUUGUUCCGGUUGAUGUGUUGUUAUUGAUUUUGAGACGAUACACAGAAAAGCAUUUGACUCAUGUUCAGAAAUUCGCUAAGAAGAAGAAGAUAAGGGUGAAGACACAGCCGGAGAUUAAUGCUUUUAACUUGCUGUUAGAUGCUUUAUGUAAAUGUAGCCUUGUUGAGUAUGCUGAGGCUAUGUGUAAGAGGGUGAAGAACAAGAUUAAACUUGAUGGUAAUACCUAUAAUAUUUUGUUUUUUGGAUGGUGUAGGGUUAGAGACCCUAAACAAGGAAUGAAGGUACUUGAAGAAAUGAUUCAAAUAGGUCAUACCCCUGAUAAUUUUACUUACAACACUGCCAUUGAUACCUUUUGCAAAGCAGGGAUGGUGACGGAAGCUGCUGAACUUUUUGAGUUCAUGAGAACAAAAGGUUCAACUAUUUCUUCUCCAACCGCGAAAACUUAUGCAAUCAUGAUUGUGGCCCUUGUACAGAAUGAUAGAAUGGAAGAAUGCUUUAAGCUUUUGGGGCAUAUGAUUGACAGUGGUUGCCUUCCUGAUGUUACAACAUACAAGGAAUUUAUUGAAGGGAUGUGUUUGGCCGGGAAGGUUGAGCAAGCUUACAAGUUCUUGGAAGAGAUGGGCAACAAAGGUUUCCCUCCUGAUAUAGUUACUUAUAACUGUUUUCUCAAGGUCCUCUGUGACAAUAAAAAGAGCGAGGAGGCGCUAAGGCUUUAUGAAAGAAUGAUUGAAGUCGGUUGUUUUCCCAGUGUACAGACUUAUAAUAUGCUAAUUUCAAUGUUUUUUGAGCUGGGUGAACCUGAUGGCGCAUUGGAGACUUGGCAUGAGAUGGAUAAGAGAGGCUGUGCACAGGACACUGAUACUUAUUGUGUAAUGAUUGAUGGGCUUUUUGAUUGCAACAAAGUGGAAGAAGCAUGCUUUCUGUUGGAAGAAGUUGCGGACAGGGGAUUAAAAUUGCCAUACCGGAAAUUUGACUCUUUCCUGAUGCAGCUUUCAGUGAAUGGUAAUCUUAAAGCCAUCCACAAACUUUCAGAGCAUAUGAGGAAGUUCUACAAUCCUUCUAUGGCAAGACGUUUUGCACAGAAUCAAAAGCAAAUUAGCAGGAGCUUAAGAGUGAAGUAAAAAGAUUUGAAACUAAUCAAUUAACCUUCUGUUCUGGUUAGCUAUGCAAACAGUUUUGAUUUAGUCUAUAUAGUGCUACCUGUGAAAAUCUAUAACGAGCAAAAUGAAUGAAUUGUCAACACUGGAAUGCAAAACUUAUAGUCUUGCUGCAUUUUUGCAUGGAUCUUGAGAAGUCGCCUCGAAUGAGCUUUUGAAGGUGUCCCACAGAAUCAUGGAAAAUAGAUGUUUCUGUGGAAGAGCUCCUGUCAUAUCACAUUUGUUCCAAUACCUCUAAUCAUACGUACAUUUAUUCAAGAACAGGAGAUGAGACAUCAAGAAGAAGAGAGUACCCACCAUCCAUUUAUUUGUGACUGACUGGCUUUGGGGGCUCAUUUUCAACUGUAAAACUGUGCUCAGAAAAUGCUGUAGCGGUCACAUCUAUGGAGCCUGAUAGUGUUAGAUCAUGAUGACUUAGAUUAAUGAGAACUAUAUUUUCAUGGAUGAGCACCCCAUUACCAUUUUAUUGAGUGUUGAAAUA